GGAUGAAGAUGCUCAAGUUGUGGACUGUCAAAUAAAAAUAAACAAUUUUUGUAUGGAAUUGGGCAGCUGGGUUGGCAUCAUGGGGGUCUCGCAAGGGGGCAUCAAGAAGUCUUCUACAUAGUGUCUAACUACAAUCAUUUUGACGUUAUGUAGUCCGCUGGAGAGUCUUGUCAAGAGUUUUUCAUUAAAAAGACAAUUAGAAAGAUUGGAGAAUUGGAGCAAGAAAGUGGCCAGUCUGGAUCAAGAAGCUCUUUCUUUCGUCUCUGGUUGGAGUAGCACUCCCAAGCCAUCCUCAAUGCCUUCAGCGCUGGCCGUGUUCACCUGUUGCCCGAAUUCACACCCGUUUCAGGAACGUCAUGUCUACCUGGAUGAGCCGGUCAAGAUCGGGCGCUCGGUGGCCCGGUGUCGCCCUGCCCAGAACAAUGCCACCUUCGACUGCAAAGUGCUGUCCAGGAACCACGCUCUGGUGUGGUUCGACCAUAAGACGGGGAAGUUCUAUCUUCAGGACACCAAAAGCAGCAAUGGCACCUUCAUCAACAGCCAGCGUCUGAGCCGAGGGUCGGAGGAGAGCCCUCCCUGUGAGGUUCUCUCCGGUGACAUCAUUCAGUUUGGGGUGGAUGUGACGGAGAACACCCGGAAAGUCACUCAUGGCUGUAUAGUGUCAAGCAUCAAGCUCUUCUUACCAGAUGGCAUGGAAGCUCGGCAGCGAUCAGAUGUUGUUCCCGCACCACUGCCACUGGCUCUUGAUAAGGUGUCCGCAAAUACACCCAGUAUGUAUUCUCAGGAACUGUUUCAGCUGUCCCAGUACCUGCAGGAGGCCUUACACAGAGAGCAGAUGCUGGAGCAGAAGUUGGCCACUUUACAGAGACUGCUGGCCAGCACACAGGAAGCAUCAGAGAGCAGCUGGCAGGCUUUGAUCGAUGAAGACCGGUUACUCUCUAGAUUGGAGGUGAUGGGGAAUCAGUUGCAAGCAUAUUCAAAAAACCAAACAGAAGAUGGUAUCCGAAAGGAGCUUGUAGCUUUAACAGAGGACAAACACAACUAUGAGACGACAGCCAAAGAGUCCCUGAGGCGGGUCCUUCAGGAGAAAAUAGAGGUGGUCAGGAAGCUGUCCGAGGUGGAGAGGAGUUUGAGUAACACAGAGGACGAGUGCACACACUUGAGAGAGAUGAACGAACGCACACAGGAGGAGCUCAGAGAACUCGCCAACAAAUACAACGGAGCUGUCAAUGAAAUCAAGGAUCUCACCGAAAAGAUCAAGUUGGCAGAGGGCAAACAUGAGGAGCUCAGUCAGAAAGGCUUGAAUGAGAAGAAAGAGCUACAGGUGAAGAUCGAAGAGAUGGAGGAGAAAGAGCAAUCGCUUCAAGCUCGAAUCGAAGCUCUGCAGGCGGACAACGACUUCACGAAUGAGAGACUAACAGCCCUGCAAGUCCGGUUAGAACAGCUGCAGGAGAAAAGCAUAAAGGAAAACAACAGUUUAGACCACUUUCUUUUAAAGAGUGGAGGAGACUGCACUUUAAUUCAACAGUACAUUGAGUGUCAAUCGGUGAGGCAGCUGAAGGACGCAGUGGACUCAUCUAUUAACAAGCUGUCCAACUUUGACGAAGUCAUUGAUGCACAUCUUCAGAAUAACCAGACGACAGUGGACAACAGCUUGGCCAGUCCAGACAGACUUAAAGAAAACCAGACAGACGCUAAAGAGUGCGAUAUGUCAGAUACUCUGAGCCCCAGCAAGGAGAAAAGCAGUGACGACACAUCAGACGGACAAAUGGAUGAACAAGAACUGAACGAGCCCCAGAACAGGGUUUCUCUUCUGAAAGAAAUGGACAGGAACCUGGAAGCUGGAGACACUGAGCAGGUCAUUCCUCACCUCCACCGAGAGCUGCAGGAGGCCCAGGAGCUCGCCAACACUGGCAAACAGAAAUGCCUCGAGCUGCAAGCCCUGCUGGAGGAGGAGAGGAGAACCAACAGACAGCAGACUGAAGAAUCUGCUAAACAGAUCCGCUUCUUACAGACUCAACUGGCGAAGCUCCAGUCUGAUAUGGAGGCGUUGCGUGAGCAGAGAGAGAACACUAUCAGCAUCACCCGAGAGGAGCUCUACAGCGCACAGGAGGAGAUCCUGGUUCUCCGGCACGCUAUGGAGACCGCCACCACCGAGCGGGAACGAGAGAUCGCCGCCCUGCAGGGAGACCUGAGCACCGUCACCGCCGAACUGGACAAGUGGAGACAGACGGCAGCCAAGUAUGAAGUGGAGAUCAGCAACCUGCAGGCCAGCUUCCAGCUCCAGAGCCAGCACCAGGAAAGAGCUAGCCAACUCCAAGGUGAAUUGGAGAAGCUUCAGGGCGAGUGCUGUAGUCUGCAGAAUGAAUGUGACGGUCUGCGGGCUGAGAAGACAACACUGAUGCAGAAACUCCACGGACUAGAGGAAGAGCUCGACAGCUCCAGAGAGCAGAGCGCGACGUUGAGCAGCAGCCUAAACGCUCUGGAGAAAUCCCAGGGUGCCCUGGAGAACAAACUGGGCUCAAUACAAGACCAGCACCAACAGGACGCUAGCAAACUGAAGAUCCAGCUGGCUCAAGCCGAAAGCCGCACCAGGGACCUGCAGAAAGAGUACGACGACACUCAGAAUCUGCUCUCAGAUCUGCGGCAGCGGUAUGAGCAGACGGAGCAGGAGAAACACUCAAUCCACGACGAGCUGGAGCAGUGCAAGGUCAACCUCAAGCUCCUGCAGGAGAAAGGCAGCAGUCCAUCCAUAUUGCAGCCUGUCCAAGCCAUUUCCAUCGGUCUAUUCCUGGCUUUGCUGUAUUGGUGCUUCGGCCAGUUUUGGUAGAAAGAGCGGUUGGAUGCCCUGGAUGCCGAUGGUUGCUGCAGUGGUCGCUGUGACAGCAGUGGUGCUUUAUCCCAACUUGACCAAGAGCUCCUCCUGAGAACCAAUCAGAACACUCGUUGUCUCAACCACUUCCUGUCCCCAGCACGGCCCUCUGUCCAAUCCCAACGUUCGGUCUAAACCUGAACCUAAUACCUCUCAUUUUGACAAAACAACCCCGAUGUCUGUGUAAAAUGCAAAUGUAUAUAGUAUAAAAAGAAAGAGGGAAUAAAGUUGUAAUGCAUAUUAUAGAAUAAAUAAUCUAUCAGCGUUUUUGUCACUCGAAUGGAAAUUUUGAUGAUUAAAAAUGGCGUUCAACUAGGUCUAUUUUCACGUUUUCUUGAAUGGGUACCAUGCAAGUUUUGGUUUCUUGGACUCUUCUAGUGGUUUGCCAUCUUAGAUGUGGUAAUCCAUCUAGAUGUACAGCCAAAUGAGGAUCUGAACUCUAGGGCACUGAGGGGAGAAGUGCCUACUUUAAAUACUACUAGGACUAGUUCACAUUAAAGUGCCACUCAUGCAGCGUCUCAUCGAUUCGAAUGAAAAAAAAAAAAUUUAAUUGCACGUCAUCUGUGCUGUUAUUGUGUGUUCGAGCCGACAUGCUUCUAGCACAGUGAUGUCAUUGUUUCUCUUGUACCUUGUAUUAUAUAUAAGCAAAUGUUCAUGUCUGGAGACACUACAAGUAUCUAGGUGAUUUUAAAAUUCAACGUUAGGAUUGUGGUCAGUGUCAAACAGAUGGAGAACUGACCUAAAAAACAAAAAACUAAUGUUGUAGCUUUUUACCAACAUACUGUCCUGCUGUUCGGACUGAGAUGGAGCACUUUUGAGUUUCUGUCGUUAAAACUCCUGCAGUACCUCCUGAUAAAGGCUCUGGGAUUUUGCUGCCUUACCUGUAACACACAGGUUUCUUCUCACAGAAUGAAAUUGGAUGCAAAGGCUUUAAAAUGAAUGGGGUUAAUGGGUGGAAGCAUCACUGAUCCGCUCUCGUGAAGCACAGAAAUGGGUGAGAGUGAAUUAUUCUGAGGGUGAACGGGAAUGUGUUGUUUAAAUGUGGAUGUGCCAGCUGCUUUGAGACUGCAGGAAGAUGAAUUAAUCAAUGAUGUGUUUAGUGUGUGGUUCACAUUUGUCUGCUGUGCUGUAAAUAAACAGUCGUGGAGCAAAAAGCAGAGCUCAUCUGGUUCAACGUUUCGAGGACUUUGUUUUUUCAUCUUUUGUUUCACUGGAAAUACAUACUGCAACAAAAAUCCAUUGAACACUUCAACAUGGAUUUGAACACGAAUGCAAAAAAGCAAAGCUUGUAGCACAGAAAGGAUAGCUUUAAACAGAUCUCUUGCAAUGAAAGUAGUGUUUUUUUUUUGUUGUUCUUUAAAAAGCAUGAUGGACUUUAUUUCUAAAGUCUGCUUGGAACAUCGUCCUUCACGUCAGAAGAAUGCUCACAGGCCGUUUGUAAAUAUGUAUGUAUGAAUGUUUGUGUGUAAAUAUGUUAGUCACAGAAUAAACAUUGGAUAUAAAUGAUAUCAGUCACAUCUAAUCUGCUGCUGAAGCCAGUUUUUAGGAUAUGAUGCGUUGGCCUUUUCUUAUCCUUUUAAUUGAGACACCAGUUCUUCGUUCAAGUUCGAUUAAGAUUAGUUUUAUAGAUGCAUUUGUACCUUUAAUUUGGCUUAAACACAUGCCGUUUUUGACCAAGCACUUUUUCUUUUUAAUUGCAAAUUAAAGUUUUGGAACUCGUUGAUGAUGACGACAAACUUUAGAACUGAGGAAAAGAUGCAAACGGUGAUGUAAAGUUGCAGGGCAUAGCUGAACCUAUAAAGGCUGGUUUUUGUAAGCAUAAAGUUUGUAUUUGUGAUUCUCUGUCAGUUCAUAGUGGUGCAAUAAAGUUUCUCACAAGUUAAACAUGGGCCUUUGGGCAAAGAUCUCUUUAAACUGCUCGCCAACCAAGUCAGUACAGUACAGCACACUGCCUGUAUAUAUUUCUAUUCGUAAAUACUGUUUUUUUUUUCUUGAACUGAGAGAGCUUGGAAAUACACUUUUGUUUUGAACAUCAAAGAUAGUUAAUUGUCCAAAUUCUAUUUUGUAAAGACACAGAAUGAUAUAACAAAGUUUCUGGAAUACAGAAAAGGUUUUUGCACUAACAAGUGUGAUGUGCAUGACUUCAAUAAAACAACUUCACUUUA